AUGGGUUAUGAUGAAGGACUCUGGUACGACGACGAUUGUGACAUCGGCCGUUAUCCAGUCUGCGUAGAUGUCAGAGGGUCAAAUGUGACUUUUGUCUUCAUCAACACCCGUAUGACAUGGACUAAAGCCCGGAGCUACUGCAGAGAUCACUACACAGACCUGGCCAGUGUGAGAAACAUGGCAGAGAACCAGAAGGUACAGGAGGUGAUACCUGGAGGAGAAUAUCCAUGGAUUGGCCUUUUCAGAGACACCUGGAAGUGGUCAGAUGGAAGUACCUCCUCAUUCAGCUUCUGGAAGAACGGGCAACCUGAUAACAAGAACGGGAACGAGGCUUGUGUGGCUGCAGACUUCAGCCAAUCAGGAACCUGGGAGGACUGGCCCUGUGACAUGGAGAGAGCGUUCAUUUGCUACGGUCCAGUGGUGUCAAAGAAAGUGAUGAAAGUGAAGUUUGAGAACAAGAAGAAUCUGGAUCUGAAUGACCCUGCUGUGAUGGAGGCCAUGUUGAAGCAGCUGAAACAGAAGCUGAGGGACCAGGGGCUGGACGACAACAUCAAACUGAGCUGGAGGAAGCAGGCCGAUGGAAAAGUCUUCCACAAGGAAGACAAGAAGACAAACAAGAGGAGGAGGAAGAGGGAUGAGCUGUAAUGUUGAGUUG